AUGGCCGAACAAGCAUCAGAAGAGGAUAUCCUCCUCGCAAAACGCAUCAUCUCCGCCGCAGAGCGACACGACGUGCCCGCCCUUCAAAUCCUCCUGAAGGACGGUUCUGCCAACGUGCAAGAUCCUACUGCCCAAGUUGCGUCCUCGCCAUUGCACGCCGCAGUCGCGUCAUGCGGAAAAGCCGAGGAUGGAAAAGAGGCAGAUGACGAUGCGAUCAAGACGAUCGAAUUACUCCUCGAGAACGGUGCGAUAUGGAACGAUCUGAAUAAAGAGGACGAAACGCCCGGCUGCGUGGCGCUCCGACUGGGACAAAGCAAGAUCUACGAGAUGAUGGUUGAGGCUGGCGUGCGGGCGGAACUCCUCUUCGCGAAGAUGGAGGCGCUUGGCUUGGACGAUGAGGACGAGGAGGAAGACGACGAAGACGAUGCGACGAAUGGCGAGCAGCCGGCUGUCAAGAAACAGAAACUCUCGUCGGAUGACGCCAAAGCUGUCGAACAGGUCAUAGAGGCAAAGGUUCUGGAUGAUGUCUCAUUGGACAACCACGCGUACCUGAAGAGCCAGCUGCGGUACGGACCUGGAAUUCUCAUGGAUGAGACCAAGAAUAUGGUCAUGAUGAGCUGGGAAACCGACAUAAUGCAACGACACGCGGAGACGUUGAUACCGAAGAAGGGACUCAGAGUGAUGAACGUUGGCCACGGGAUGGGCAUCGUCGACACGGCGAUCCAGACACACGCCCCUGCUGAGCAUCAUAUCGUUGAGGCGCAUCCGCAGGUCCUUGCCCGAUUGCGAGAGCAGGGCUGGUAUAACAGGUCUGGUGUUGUCAUCCAUGAAGGCCGGUGGCAGGAUGUGCUGCCCAAGUUGGUGGACGAGGGCGUGCAACUGGACGCCAUCUACUAUGAUACAUUUGCGGAAAACUAUUCGGCGCUGAAGGAGUUCUUUUCCGAGUAUGUCGUUCAGUUACUUACACCGGAAGGGAGGUUCGGCUGGUACAACGGGCUUGGUGCGGAUAGGCAAAUCUGUUACGAUGUGUACACCAAGGUCGCUGAGAUCGAUCUUCGUGAAGCUGGGUUUGAGACCACGUGGGAGGAUAUCGACGUUCCUGCAGGGUUGCAUGGCAGCAAGAUGUGGGAGGGGACGAGGCGGCCGUACUGGACGAUUGACGUGUAUCGGUUGCCUGUAAAUACGUUCAUCAAGUGA